AUGCCGGACCCUCCUGUAACCACUACAGGCUCGUCACGCCAAUCAUUCGCCUUCAUAUCUCAAUCAAGUCAAACAGGAAGAGUGGAUCGUGAAACCCAAAGACGAGUCCACAGUCAUGCGCAAGCCAACUACCGAAGGCGUACCUCGAAACGGCAACACCAGGGCACAGUCGAAUUGAAUUUGGCGCCCUUACAGGGGGGAUCAACGAAUGCUGAGCUGACUCUCCCUCGGCAUUAUUCCAGUCCUACCACACUCCUUGAUGCUAGUCGAACGGAUCCAUUUGAGACCUUCGCUCUGCAAGGAGGACGUCGGGCUCAUCAGCUCUGGGAUCAUGUCUACGAUGGCACAUGCGCAAAAUUCCGUGUCCUCAUUGACAUUGGCUUCAUCGACCUUGUUCGCGAGAGCACCGCCUUGUCCCAACUGCUUUCCGCGUCAGCGUGGCAUCUAGUUCACUUUCUGCGCUGUGAGCACGACACGGGUGAUGACGCAAGAUACUCGAUGAUCUCGAAUCAAGCUCUGCAGCACAAGUUAAACGACAUAGUCACCGGUACGAGCGACGAUGUCGUGACAGCUGUACUUGCAGCUGCAGCAUAUGCGAACCUAAGCAAAGACCCUUUACUGUUUCAGACCCACAUCACCGGCCUUUCCCAAAUCCUACAACAUCGAGGAGGCGAGGAUUCCCUCAACGCACGUCCGGCUCUCAGGCUGGCGUUGUUCUGGGUAGAGACGAACGGUCGGUUCCGACAAGACUCGUCGCCCAUAUACCCUCCUCCAUACCACAUCCUCGUGGCCCAAACCAAGCUCACUCCAGCAUUCAUCGACGUAUCACAACUAUCAGCAGACAGACAAUUUGGUGACAUCCAACGCUGCACGACUGUACGAUACAUGUUUGAUCGAUUACGGCAACUCACCGAGACGGUGGACAACGAGUCCUCAACAAAGAACAACUUCUGGUUCGAAUCUUCCUUCUUGAUCUACACCAUCCAUCCUUUGCUGCAUGAACUCCUAUCCGUGCCUCGCGCUACAGGGCACGAUAGUACUCUUCUCCAGCAACGCGAGUGCGUCAGACUUGCGGCCGUCCUGUACGUCUGCAAUAUUCGCAAUAGAUUCGACCCCGAUCCGGGAAUUGGCAUGCUCUACGGGACAAAACUCUACGCAAUGCUCAGGUCGCCGGACCUGUUCUCUUCCUGGUCGGAGAACAAUACCAGCCUCGCGGCAUUGAUCUGGAUCCUCACGGUUGCAGCAUGUUCAGCCGCACUGUUCGACGACGUCCGCCUUCCUUUCAAGACACUUCUUUCGACGACUCUGCGAUCCACGGGAAUCGUAACAACGUUUCCAGACUUUUACACGCUCAUCCACGGACUGCUCUGGUCAAACACGGUUCUGGAACCAGACUUGGGCAGUUUAGAAAACGACCUCGCCUUCGCUGACUGA